AGAUGCUGGACUGGAGAUUUGUGGCCACUCACUUGAUCCUGGCCUUUUUCCUGAUGCAAUGGAGCACUGGGAAAGGGCCCUGGGUUGCUGCAGCACCAGAGCAGGCCAUUAACUCCAUAGCUGAGAGUACCCAAACUCACAUUGAAAACACUGAAGAAAAAUCUGCCACUGAGCUGACCCAGAAACUCUUGUUCCUUGAUGAGCUGGUAUCCCUGGAAAAUGACGUGAUUGAAACCAAGAAGAAAAGGAGUUUCCCUGUCUUUGGGGCUCCACUGGACCGACUCUCUGCUGGGUCCUUCAAUAUCAAAGGCAAACAGAGGUAA